AUGACCGGCAGGAAAAAUUUUGUUGAUGACACUGAUGAUGAUCAUGAUGACGAGGAAGGAUGGAAAGAAGGAAGUAAGGAAGGAGAGACAGAAAGAAAGAAAGAAAGGAAGGAAAAAGAAGGAAUAAAAAAAAGAAAGAGUGUUCGAACUACUGCAGCUUGGAUUGAUACAUAUGAAUUUAUGGAGCAAUUAUUUGGGCAUGAAACAAACGGGAUAUACUUCCUUUGA